AUGGCAUCCUCUGUCAGUUCUGCAUAUUCUAGAUGUGCCAGUGGAGACACAUUAUGUGAGAUCCGUGUGUAUGAACAGGAAGUGAUCAUUGUCCCAGUGCUGUUUUUGAUGAGUUUCUUUGUCAUGUUGGUGUUUCUGCUGUUGCUGAAAUUCUGUCCCGAGAAAGUAGAUCGUCUGCAACCCAGCUCCAUACGAGCAACUAGGACUAGGAGAAACUUACAAGGCGUUGAUGCUCCUCUGGGUCUGAAUCCUCUGGAAGGUGAGCGCAUAGCACUGGACACCAUAUCUUACAUGACAUUCACCCCUUCGUCACCAGUCCGCAAACAAUACAGGUCUGACCGCACCUCCUUCAGUGCCAACAAUGUGGCCUUCCCAGAUGGGCGAGGCUCUUUUGGGGCCACAGCUUCAGCCUUCACAAAGCCCAAGGAACUCCCACGCCAGCGACUUCCAGAGAAUUUUAACAGGGUGUCUCCUCUCCCAGCAUCAUACUCUUUGAAGUCAGACUCCUCUGUCUCACUAUAUAGGGCUCGUAUGGAGAACAGAAAUGUGGUGCUGCGUGUACUUCAAGAUUCAGUUGGUAACAGGGAAAGUCAGUCUUUCCUGGGCUUUGCAGCCUUCCUUUCUCAGUUGGGGCCCCACCCCUUCUUACUGGAGCUUCUGGGAGUUGUAUCACUGCGUGCUCCUCUCAUUACCGUUGUUGAAGAGAUGGAGAACCGAGAUUUGCUCGGAUUCCUGUGGAUGUGUAGGCAGGAUAAUGCUGGACUAGACACCAUUUGUCAGAUGACAGAGAAAAAGAUCUUCACCAUGGCCUCACAUGUGUCUUCUGCCCUGGACUAUCUCCAUAGCAAAGAUCUUCUCCACUGCAACAUUAAGGCUCGCAGUGUAUUGGUCAGCAGUAUAUUUACAGCAAAACUCUGGGGUUUGGACGAUUUAUAUGCAAGGACUUCAGAAAGUGCAAAUUACCGUGAAGAUCCUGGAAGAAAGAAGUGGCAUGCUCCAGAGUUAUUGGACAAGAGACCCGCCACUCAAAAAAGUGAUGUUUGGUCAUUUGGGCUGCUGCUGUAUGAAAUGGUGACUCUUGGCGAGGUCCCUUUUGCAGAAAUCCCUGUGAAGGAACUCCUUCAGUAUCAUCAGAGAGCCAAAACCCUGAAGAAACCAAACAACUGCUCCAACUCACUUUACUCAAUUAUCAAAGCUUGUUGUCAGUGGAAGGAACAAGAGCGUCCUUCAUUGGCUGACAUCAGGCGUAAACUUCAAUCAGGAGAGAAGAGUGCCAAUGACAGCGUCAUUCUACGGGUUCCUGAGCCAAUCAAUAUUGAGCAGUAUCUGAAGGACGCAGGAUAUGGAGAAUCCAACAACUAUACCAUUUUUUAAAACUGAAGGCUCUGCAUCAUAUUAAAUAUCCAUAUAAAACCUCAUUUUGAAUCUCUAGUGCUGCCUAAAGAGUAUAAUUGACUGUAGACCAACCAUUGGCUCUCUACUGUAAUUUAUCUCUAUGACUGGCUAAAUCAACCACUGGCUCAUGCAACUGUAGUUUAAUUUCCAAUAAUAACAACAUGGGAAAAUUGGAAAGAACCUUAAAAAGACAUAUUAUAUUAACAAUGUUUACAAUAUUAACAAUGUUUUCUUAUCUAAAUGUGCUUCUUUGAACUAGACCCUGAUCUUUUGCCAUUUAUUAAAAUCUAAUUCACCAUAACUUUAGAGAAAUGUUCUAUUCUAUACAAGACAACUUAAAAUGAUUAGUAUUGGUAUCUUAUUGUUUAAAGAAAUGUACUG